AUGUUGUUCCACACCACUCUAGGACUCCUCACACUCCAGGCGAGUAGCGUCGCAUCUGCACGUUCAGCACGGCACGGGAUUCCCCUUGCCGACCAAACGUUUGACUAUGUGGUCGUUGGGGGCGGUACGGCUGGGAGUGUGAUCGCAACGCGACUAGCACAGAAUGACUUCAAAGUGGCCUUGAUUGAAGCCGGGGGCCACUAUGAGCUUGAAUCUGUGGCCGAGUUUCCUGCAUCUGAUGCGUUGUCGAUAGCAUCAGAUCCUACUUUCCAAUCGCCGGUGGAUUGGGGAUUUGUAACAAGGGAUCAACCAGGUGCUAAUAGGCGGGCGAUUCAUUUCACCCGAGGAAAAUGUCUCGGGGGAUCUCCGACACGCGAGUCCAUGGAGAUAUGGGCGACUGCAGUUAAUGACAGCAGCUACGGAUUUGAUGAGGUGCUCCCAUUCUACAAAAAGAGCGUUCAGUUCACGCCCCCAAACACCGAAUAUAGAGCUCAAAAUGCAUCCGCGGGCUAUGGCAUCGAUGCCUACGACUCGGAUGGUGGUCCAUUGCAGGUGUCGUAUACUAACUUCGCCGAACCUUUCUCGUCAUGGAUGAGCCUCGGUAUGGAAGCUAUCGGCAUUGAGAAAGUACAGGACUUUAACCGGGGUGGUAUAAUGGGAGCCCAAUAUUGCGCAUCGACCAUCGAUCCAUCCAACGAGCUCCGAAGCAGCUCUGAGCAAUCUUUCUUAUCCAAGAUCACGCCAAAGUCACUGACAACCUAUACAAAUACCCUUGCUAAGAAGGUGGUCUUCGAUGAAAAUAAAAAAGCAACAGGAGUUCAAGUGAAAGGUUUGCUGGGCAACAUCGUCACCCUUUCAGCAUCGGAAGAGAUUAUCAUAUCUGCCGGUGCCUUCCAGUCCCCCCAGCUCCUCAUGGUUUCUGGCAUUGGUCCCAUCGAACAAUUGGAAGAACAUGGAAUCGAAGUUAUAGCCGGUCGACCAGGAGUCGGUCAGAACAUGUGGGAUCACCCGUUCUUUGCGCCUUCGUACCGAGUCCAGGUGACAACAUUCACUAGGAUUGCCACCGACCUGCUAUACGCAGCUGGCCAAAUUAUUGAAGGACUGAUCUCCAAGACAGGAUCCAUCAAGAAUCCAAUUGCGGAUUUUCUGGCAUUCGAGAAGAUUCCGCGAUUCUUGCGUUCGGCUUUCUCGGAGGAAACGCAGAGUAAAUUGGACAAUUUUCCAUCCGACUGGCCUGAAGCAGAGUACAUCUCUGGCGCAGGGUAUGUCGGGAACGCGUCAAACAUCCUAACAAUCCAGCCAAGAGAUGGAUACCAGUACGCCUCCAUACUCGGUGUUCUGAUUACACCCAUGUCCCGAGGAAAUGUCACGAUACAGUCGGCAGAUACCUCCUAUCUACCUGUUAUAAAUCCCAACUGGCUCGAUGAUCAGGCUGAUCAAGAAGUUGCCAUUGCCAUAUUCAAGCGAAUACGCCAGGCUUUUCAGAGUGAAGCCAUGGAGCCUGUGGUCAUCGGCCAGGAGUAUAACCCCGGGCCGCAGGUCCAGUCCGAUGAUCAGAUCCUUGAAUUUAUCAAGGAUAAUUUGAUGACUCUGUGGCAUCCGGGUUGUACUUGCAAGAUGGGAACGCCCGAUGACGGCAUGGCUGUGGUUGACUCCCAGGCCCGGGUUUACGGAGUGGACGGACUGCGAGUAGUUGACGCUAGCGCCUUUCCUUUCCUUCCUCCUGGUCAUCCUCAGUCGACGGUUUACAUGCUUGCCGAGAAGAUCGCGGCGGAUAUUAUCCAGUAUUCCCAAGGACAUUAA